GAAGCCCACAAACCACAGAGCGUCACAUGAUCCAGAUGGAUACUGUAAGCUCUGGUUUGGAGGCUGAGAGCUGAGAAGGUGCAUAAACAAUUUUUCAUAACUACAUGUCGUGCUUGGAUAUUUAGGGCUGUAUAAUGGGGCAGAUAAAUGUAAGUAAUUCAGCCUGUCGCCGACAUUAUUAACAUUGGCCGAGCUCACUAGCCCCGUAAACACCUAGCUAGCUAACUACCUAAUCUCGGCUCGGCUCUGGUGAAGCCACAGCGGCUAAAGCUAACCAGCGACAAUGCAGGUGGAAACAGCGGGAAUACGAGUCUCUGAAAGUGAGAACAAACUGGAUGUGCACACCCAGAGCUCGACGCAAGGCUCCUUCAGAACAAGCUCCAAAAGCUGGCAGUACAGUGAUCACAUGGAGAAUGUGGACGGAUAUUUGAUGAAGUACACAAAUCUGGUAACUGGAUGGCAGUAUCGAUUCUUUGUACUCAACAAUGAGGCAGGGCUGCUGGAGUAUUUUGUAAAUGAGCAGUCUCGGCUGCAGAAGCCCAGGGGCACUCUUCCUUUAGCGGGCGCGGUCAUCUCCCCCAGCGAUGAGGACUCGCACACCUUCACUGUCAAUGCCAUUAGUGGGGAGCAGUACAAACUCAGAGCUACUGAUGCUAAAGAGAGACAACAUUGGGUGAGCAGACUGCAGAUAUGCACACAGCAUCACACAGAAGCUAUGGGCAAGACAAACCCACCGCUAAAGACUCGCAGUCUGUCCACAACGUCUCAGGGCAGUGCCAGUUCUCCUGGAUCCCAGCGCAGGAUCAGCUAUAAUACCGGCUCCCUGCUGGGCCUAUCCCAAUUCCACCGUGGCUCCUCACCCUACUCCAGCAAGCGCUCUCUGCUUCCUGACCACUUGGUGGAGGCCCGUGAGAUGAUGAGCCAGGCGCAGGGCCAGCACAGAGACCUGGUGCAGUGCAUUGAGGGCCUGCCAGCCAGCCAGGGUCCAUCCCCACUGGACCAGGACCUCCUGCUGCUCAAGGCAACUUCACUGGCCACCAUGACCUGCCUCAGCGACUGCCUGCAUAUCUUGCAACUUCAGCAAGUGGCGCGGCAAAAAGUUCCACUUGGAGGGCCAACCAUCGAGUGGUUGGAGCCCAAACUGCCCGACAUCCUGAAGAAUGGUGGCGCUCUGGCCAGCAUCACCAAAGACAGCAUCAAAACGCAGGGGACAGUUCUAGAGCCCAUUGAAAUGGACUCCUGUGACAUUGCUGGGGAGCAGGAGGACAUUGAUGCAGAAGAGGAGCUGGAAGACUCCUGUCCAGCUGAGGAAGAGGACUUGGGAGCUGUGGAAGAAGAGCGCAGUGUCAUCCUGCACCUCCUCUCUCAACUUAAACUGGGCAUGGACCUCACCAGGGUGGUCCUUCCUACCUUUAUCUUGGAGAAGCGCUCCCUGUUGGAGAUGUAUGCAGAUUUCAUGUCCCACCCAGAUCUUUUUGUGGCCAUCACAGACGGGGCCGGUCCUAUGGAGCGGAUGGUCCAAUUUGUGGAAUAUUACCUCACUUCUUUUCAUGAGGGCCGCAAGGGUGCCAUUGCCAAGAAACCCUACAACCCCAUCAUUGGUGAGACUUUCCACUGCUCCUGGAGAGUGCCAAAAAUGGCAACAUCUCAAGGAGGCAUUCAGAAAGAGGGCUCCAAUCCAUCAGACUGCUACCACCUGCGCUUUGUGGCUGAGCAGGUGUCCCACCAUCCACCCGUAUCAGGGUUCUAUGCUGAAUGCCAGGAAAGGCAGAUGUGUGUAAACACACACGUGUGGACCAAGAGCAAGUUCAUGGGCAUGUCUAUUGGCGUUUCAAUGAUCGGAGAGGGUAAUCUGCACUUGCUGGAGCAUGGGGAGGAGUACACUUUCACUUUGCCCUCGGCUUAUGCCCGAUCCAUUUUGACCGUACCUUGGGUGGAGUUAGGUGGAAAGGUCAACGUCAACUGCGCCAAGACAGGCUACAGUGCAGCCAUCACAUUCCAGACAAAGCCUUUCUAUGGGGGCAAACUGCACAGAGUGAAUGCCGAAGUGAAGCACAACCCCACCAACUCGGUGGUGUGUCGCGUGCAGGGGGAGUGGAACGGUGUGCUUGAGUUUAGCUACUGCAAUGGCGAUACACGAGUCAUAGACGUCACCAAGCUCCCUGUUACCAGGAAACGAGUGAGACCCAGUGACCGGCAAGGACCUUAUGAGUCCAGGCGGCUGUGGCAACAUGUGACAGAGUCCUUGCAGCAGAGAGACAUGGAGAAGGCCACGGAGCACAAGCGCUUCCUGGAGGAGAGACAGAGGAAAGAGGAGAGACACCGCACUGAGACGGAGACACCCUGGAGGACCAAAUACUUUGAAAGAAAAGGUGAAGGCUGGGUCUAUCAUAAACCACUGUGGAAAAUUGUCUCGGGUCGGAGUUCCUCUCCUGCAGCCUCUCAAGCCAACCCCUGAACCCUUCACCUGCUGUAGCCCAGUCCCAGGCGGCUGUACUGCCCCAACACUGUCCCUGGGUCGGUGCUCCCUUUUCUCACAUAUGAAGACGCCCACACAAAGACUCUCCUCCUAUACGAUUUCUUAUAACGCUGAUAUGGGUAUAACGCUCUGCGGAGAGUUGCUAUGGACUGCUGGUUUUACACUGAGAAGAAUCUGACGUUCAUGUUUUGCAUCCCUUGAUUGAUUCUUUUUUGUAUAACCUCACAGUGAAUUAUUCUGAUCCACAAGAGGUCCCAGCGUACACAGAGGUCUUUUGUUGAUGUUGCCUUAAUAGGAAUUGUGCAUACAGAGGAAAAAUGAUGAUAUGUGAGGGGUACUUGGGAGAGGCUUGUAUUUGAGGAUGCUUUAUUAAGUCCUCUUGAUCUUAUUAUGGAAUGCUGUAUAUCUGACCAUGUUAUGGUCAAACAUUUUCUCAUACUUGUAAAAUCUUCUUUGAUGUAUUAUGAUUUUGAUAUGAAUAGAAAUAUGGGAGAUGAGUUUUUGGCUGUUUGGCCCAUGGCAAGCAGUGGCUUCUUAUUCUUCAUUAGAGCUGAGGAGUCUAGAUUUAUGGUUGAGAGUUUGCCUCUUUUGGCUGUUGCAGUUAGCCAGGUGUUAUGUGGGUUCUUGAGGAUUGAGCUAUAUGUGUUAAGGCUACUUUUUCUCUUUCAUUCUAUCCCCCUGUCUCUCAGUCUAUAUAUAUUUUUUUCUAUCUCUUUUGUUCUUUGCCUCUUUUUUUCUCUCUGAUAUAAUUGCUCAGGUAUAGGCUUGCUCUAUUUACGUUUGCCUGAUGUUCUGUGAGCAUGUAACAUGUUGGCCCCAAUUAUAAACCUCGAAACAGUACUUCAGUUUAGCACUUCAGCACUAAGCCACUGGUUCCUGUCUCCAUUAUCUUCUCUAUUGGUAUCUGCAUUCUCUGCGUAUAUGUGGAACAUCACCAGACAGUAUUAUUGCAAAUUGACAAAUGAAAAUUCCACAGAAAUGUGAUCUGAAAUGUUAAGUCGCAUGCAGUAAAUGCUCACUAGUCUCAGGUGAGCUUAUGCUUUUUGUCUUCUGGUGUGAUUCUACCUCUCGACUGACUACUCAGUCUGAAAGGCAAUCAAAAUCUGUUAUAAAACAUGUAGCUUGGAUGGAACGGGAGUAUCUGCUCUGCUACUAUUUUACACAAAAUUUGAAAGACGUUUGAGCCGUAUAAGCUAGAAGGUUAAAAAAAAAAAAAGUUUGAAGGUUCAUGCUUGACUAAAGCGUUAAUGAUUUAGACUUUAAACGCUGCAUCUUUUGUUUUUGCCACAAAAGGACAGCAGCUUAGGUGAGCAUGUGCUGGACAGAGCACAAGUUAAAUGCCUCUUAUUUUGAAAUCACUACUUUAGCCCUGGUUGGUCUUGCUGAGAAACUUGUGGUGCCUUAUUUGUGUUAGUCUUCCUCUGGUCUAUGCCCGAACACAUUCUUCACCUUCUUCUAUGAAAUGCAUUACGAGUGAAACCACAACCUGUGUACAUAUCUGCUCCCAGCUUCCUGACGAGGACACCUAGAAUGUCUGAUAUCUGCUCUAUCAGUCUGUAUGUUUUGAUUUCAUUCACUUGGCUUUCCACUCAGAGGGCGGAUUUUCAGAACACAGACUAGACAGAUGCUAGGCUAACAGGUUUUUCCAGUGGAGAAUCUACUCUUAAUAUUGAUCUGUGUUCAGAAAACUGACCCAAAGUGUAUAUCUCGCUGAGCUGUGAAUUGCACUGAUGUUUUAAUUACACUCCCAGUAGCUUGAGAAAAGUCCUGAUGAAUGAACUAAUAAAAUUGCUAAUAUAUUAGA